AUGUCUGAGUAUCGCUUUCAGUGGCAAGAUCCCUUUACACCUGCACGCUUUGAAGAUGCUCAACGAACAAAGCAACAGUAUCUUUCUACGUGUAAGCAGCAGAAAACCUCAUCAUUAUCCUCAAAUAGCUUCUUAAAUCAUCCACUUAUUAUUUCUGGCGUGCCGUGCAAAGACGCAAUAGUUUUAUCUGAUUCUGAGUCAGAGAUAGAAGCUGUAGCUGUUGAAAGCAGAGAAGGCAGUAAUUUCAAUGACCAGGAUUCCCAUAUGCUGCAGUACAACGAAAUAUCACCGUCAGUUAAUGCAACCGCCGCAUUCACAGCUCCAGCGCAGGCUGAUAAUAUAAACAAAACCGCGAAGCAUGGUGCAGCAUCUAAUAGCGCUGAUGAAGCCAGUUGUUUGCGCCAGCUAGAUUUGUCAAUAAUAGGCCAGCCUAGCGAAGAGUCUACGAUAGACACUAUAGUCUCUAUACCAAGGCUAGACAGAUUUACAAAGCCUACAUAUAGCUUGCCCCAAGCAGACGAAGCAGAUAAGGCAGACGAAGCAGAAGACGAAGACGAAGAAUUGCAAAAUCUUGAAAAUAUUAAAGAUUGCAUCAGCUAUGUGCCGCUGGACAGCACUUCCACGCCGCUGGACAGCAUUUCCUCCAAGCCGGAGGCCUACUCCUUCUUACACCUAUCUCCAGAUAUCGUAAAUGGAGUAGAUGCUGAGGCAAGUGACAAUGGAACUUCCCCUGUGGAGCCCAAAUUGCCCACAAUCGAGGUUACACAGAGAGUCGACGUUUUACAUGUCGCCUCGACUCAAGAUAGGAAUGACUAUAAUCGCCUGGAUCACAACAAUAAUAGCGCUAGCAACAAAGCCAGCGGUUAUAACGACUACGGUAACAACAGCGAUGACGGUGACGAUGAAGAUGACGAGAACGAUGGCGCUAUAUCAGAGUAUUGCCCAUCCGUGACAACCACUGGCGAGCAGGAAAAGCACCAUCUGGACGAUAAUACGGAUGAUGAAAAUAAACAGUCACCACGCAAACGCCGUAAACACGAGCAGUCUCUGGAUAAAAGUGGACUGUCUGACUGCGGGAGAGGGUCCCACUCGCCAGCUAGCACCAGACCAUCAACACCAAUAGCGGAAAAUACGCCGACAAAAAACCUACCGAGCCCAACAGUGUCAAACUCUGCGGCUGCGAUAUUCGAGGAGUGUAAUUUUUCAGAUGGUACAAUUGUAAAGCGCACUAUUAUUGAUGGGACAGAGAUUUUGCAAAUUAAAUGGCCUGGUGCCGAAGGGGAAUGGCGGCACGAACGGCCUUACACAAAUCAGAGUCAUGUAAACGUCAAUGCAAGCAAUAAACAGGGCAAAUCAGCUACAGAAUUGGCUGAUGGUCGAGCGAAACGAGCACCAUACACAAGGGUUACAUUUACCCCUGAAGAAGACAAGCUUCUCAAAGAAUUGAGGAUGGAAAAGCGGCUUUCGUGGGACGCUGUUUAUAAACAGUUUAACGAAGUCUUUCCAGAACAGCGAUCUCGUGCAAGUUUGCAGGUGCGCUUUUCUACAAGGUUAAAGGGUAAAAGGCGCGGGGUUAAAAGAUAUCCAACCUUCUACAAGCCAACCGAACCGCUCGGCUCAUGA